AGCGUUUAGCGCUGAGCCAGUGUCAAGUUGAUUGAGUUUGAGAUGAAGUGUUUUUUGCUAUGUGUGCUGGCAUUGCUGCCAGCUUUGAUCAGCGCUGCUCCCGGCACUGUGGUAGUGAAUGGCGUUUGCUUGACGUGUGCCAAUCCCAACGGCGACCCAGUCUACAUUAAUGGCCAGGAGUAUCGCAGCUUCAACUCAGACGGCAACGGCAACAGCGGCAAUGUAGUUGUCAGCCGGCCCGGCUAUAACAAUGGGCGUAGCACGGUCUACAGACGCGGCGGCAACACCGUAGUUAAUGGCAACUGUGAAAUAUGCAAUGUUGAUGUGUAGAGCAAGAAAUACAUGCAUAAUUUAUAUAUUAAAA